AGAUCUUCCCAACUGCUUGACUUGGCCGUCAACGGUUAGUCAUCAGGUGGACCGACGAAGUCAUUAACACCAAUCAUCGGACUUGUGUUUACUGGCACUUAAUGAAAAUAUUUCAGAAGGUUCUCAUUAGAAACGGUCGUUGAUGAAGUUUUCAUUAUCAAUGGCCAAAAAUACCGUGCUCAAAAACAACUUAUGGUGAAAGGUACAGUGUUUGCAUACAUAGAUCUUCACGGAAUCUAAAACAAAGAAGAAUUAAAGAGCCGUAUCUCAUUUGGUAUGGAUUGUCCGUUGUACUUUCAAGCUGAUUAGUAAAUAAGUUGUGUUUAUUUUAGUGCUGUAGAAGCAAAACCCAAGGAUCUAUCAAUUUGCUACUUCUGCAACUGGGGGAAUUCAGGAUUUGAUACACUCGGAGAAGUUAGGAUGAGUUAAAUAUGGUUGUUUUACGUCAACUUUUAAGUCCAUAUCUCCAUGUUUUUCGUCGGAUAAACCAGGACCAAGGUUCUCACAACCUUAUGGUUCAUGAGUGUUCUCUCUGGUACAGCCCAUAUUCUGGCUUCCGAGUAAAAAGUAUUUGGUCUCAGUUAUAUUCAGAGUCCUGAGUAUUGUGUUUUAGAAUGUUUAACUGUAUGAUUUACUUCGUUGUGGUUGUAAUUGCUUACUUCCGACUGAUAAAGUCUGACACUCCUGCCAAUUGUACUUAUGAAGAUGCACAUGGCCGAUGGAUGUUUCAUGUUGGUGACCAUCAGACAAAAUGCUCUGAGAGAUUCAAGCCAAAGCAGUCUGUUGUCAUUAAUCUUUUAUACCCGGAUAUUGCAACUGAUGCAUCUGGUAACAGAGGACAUUGGACUCUCAUCUACAAUCAAGGAUUUGAAGUGACAAUAAAUCAUCGUAAAUGGCUGAUUAUCUUCUCUUAUAAAUCUAAUGGAGAUUUUAAUUGUCAUAAAUCUAUGCCUAUGUGGACACACGAUACUUUAAUUCGUCAAUGGAAGUGUUUCAUGGCGGAGAAGAUUGGAGUACCUGACAAACCUCAAAAUAAUAAUUUGUUAGCCUCAAGAAGUUAUGGUAAUACAGUUUAUCAAGUUGAUUCAUCACUUGUGGACAGAAUAAAUGCACACCAAAACUCUUGGCAAGCAACUAUGUAUCCUGAAUUAUCAAAGUACACUAUAAAUGAACUAAGAAAUCGGGCUGGUAAUGUGAAGUCAACGCUUUCUAGACCUCACUCAAUGCUGAGUAGAAGAACGGCAACCGAGAAAGUACUUUCUUUAACUAGAAAUCUUCCAGUAGAAUUUGACUGGGUCAGUCCACCAGAAGGUUUGAAAAGUCCUGUCACACCAGUUCGUGAUCAAGGGUCUUGUGGAAGUUGUUAUGCAUUUGCAUCUGCCGCUGCACUCGAAGCUCGUAUCCGUUUAGCUAGCAAUUUUACUGAACAACCUAUUUUAUCUCCUCAAGCUGUGGUUGAUUGUAGCCCCUAUUCUGAAGGUUGCGGUGGUGGUUUUCCUUACUUAAUUGCUGGCAAGUAUGGUGAAGAUUUUGGAUUUGUCUCAGAAGAAUGUGAUCCAUAUGUUGGUAAAGAUAGUGGACGGUGUACUGCAUCUAAGAAUUGUACACGCUACUAUACUACUGAUUAUAGCUAUAUUGGAGGUUAUUAUGGUGCUACUAAUGAAGAACUUAUGCAACUAGAACUUAUUCAUAAUGGCCCAUUCCCUGUAGGAUUCGAAGUGUAUGAAGAUUUUCAGUAUUAUAAAACAGGUGUUUACCAUCACACAGGACUUCAUAAUCAACGAUACACUUUUGAUCCAUUCGAGCUAACUAAUCAUGCUGUUCUAUUAGUUGGUUAUGGUGUGGAUAAGUUAUCAGGUGAACCGUAUUGGAAGAUAAAAAAUAGUUGGGGUCAUGGAUGGGGUGAACAAGGAUUUUUCAGAAUACUUCGUGGUAGAGACGAAUGCAGUGUAGAAAGUUUAGGUGUUCGUUUCGAUCCUGUUUUAUAAUGAUUCUAACACUAUGUGCACUUGUAUCUGUGUACAUCUCUUUUUUCCCAUGUUGGCUUACACAAUAAUGAACGUGCGCUCUGUUUUGAUAGAUGGGGAAACCUAUUCAUUGAAAUUACAUGUUUUUCGUCUCACCUACAUUUGAUUUCAGUUACUUUGAAAUAGAUUGAAACGACUUCUUAUUUUCCUAUCUAAUCAUUAUAUAUAUAUAUAUAUAUAUAUAUAUAUAUAUAUAUAUAUAUAUAUAUAUAUAUAUAUGAUUAAAAGUGAGAAGUCAUAGAAGCCGGUGACUUUUCCUACUUGUUAUUAAUUAUAUGGAUAUUUCCUCUUUAAAUAUCUUUUUUCCCAUUACGUUUCCGUACGAUAAAAUAACCUAUCAAUAAUUCCGCAGUUCUUUCUUUGUUAUUUAUUCCAGUGUCAGUUGGAGUGCUUCUAAAGGCCAUCUUAGUAGCCAAUGAAAUAAUUAACUAGGUUUUUCUAUUUUAUUGAAAAAAAAAACUACCUUUCCUGUUGAAAUAAAGAAUCUGUAAUCACGGAUGUUUUCUUUUAUAUAUCAUCAAUAGUUGACCAAUAGCUAACUUCCAGUCAUCAGUAGCGUAGACUCAAUUCAUUUCGUAUCAUUUUCACGUUCAUAUUUCCUAUCAUCACUUUUUAUCUCUUUGUUUCUAGCUAUUCUAGUGUAAAGUGUGACAAUUGGAACACUUUCUUGAGGGGAAUUUAACUGUCCAGUUAAUGACAAUAGUGUCUUUUUUUUGCUCCUCUUGAGAAUUGCUGUGCUAAUAUUCGCUAUUAUUUUUGCUACCAGCUAUAGACAAACUAACGGAUUGAUCAAAACCCUUGAAGACCGACAGUUAAAUGUUUCUCACAUCAUUUUGUUCUUACCUUGCAGGUAGUUCACUGUUAUGUGAAUAACUUUUUGCCUAAGUUACUUAGACUCACUGUUAUGUCAAAAUUAGCUGUUCUAAUCUGUG